AUGCUUUGGCUGCUGGUGUGUAUGGUUUCUAUUGGCUUUACCAUGAUUAUGGGUAUGAUCGCAUGGAUGCGUUUCCGGACUACGCCCACGAUCACCACGAUCGAAACGAUGACGUACCCGAUCUGGAACAUACCCUUUCCGGCGGUGACGGUGUGCAACAUCAACAAGAUAGACAGCCGGAAGGCGAGGAUUAUUAUCGAUCGACUGUGAGAAUUGGGUUCUCUUCCGGUGUGUUGUUACUCUGUACCACAAUCGCGCUCUUUCGUUGCAGAGUAAAGGAGUACGGGAUGAGUGAAGCCAACGCCACCGGUCUGCUGAUAGCUCAGGCUAGUCUCGUUAACUUUGAAGCCGUCAACACCAGCUACCUCGAGCUGGAAUCCGUCCUGGGACGCAUGGGCUGGAACCCGGACAAGCUGCUGCUAGAGCUUACGCAACCGUGCGAGGAUCUGAUCAAGGUUUGCUACUGGCUCGGGUCGGAGAUACCCUGCUCGAAGAUCAUACGCCGCACACGGACCGACAACGGUUUCUGCUGCUCGUACAACGUGGACACGACGAUGCAACCGUUGGUGCUGCAGCAAAAUCAAAGCGACCCGCGGACACCCUACCGUCCGAGGCGACUGUCCGGCGCUGGGCGACAUGUGGGGCUUUCGAUCCUCAUUGACGUCCAGCCCGACACGUACAUGGCACCGACCAAGUCGUACUAUGGGGCGGAGGUGUACAUACACGAUUCGAGCGACUUUCCGUCGGACGCCGACUUUGAGCAUGUGGCACAGCCGGGGUGGGAUGUGGUAAUGUCCGUGAUUCCACUACCGAUCGAGAGCAGCAGCACGAUGAACCAGGUGCCGGAAAGCAUGCGAAAAUGUUUCCUUCCGGAAGAGAGUGGCACAAACGGCAGUGAUAGCUUCAAUCUGAACGUCUGCAUGGCGGAAUGUCGUCUGCGGACGAUACUGAAGCUAUGCCACUGUGUUCCGUUCUACUAUGCCGACCUCAGCAUGGUGGAGGGAAGAGAUGUCGAGAUGUGUGCCCUGAAACAUGUGGCUUGUUUGCACUAUUUUAGAAGAUACUUUUACAGCUUGCGCACGGACGACACCUUGGACCCGGAAUUGGAUGACGUAGAGUUUGGAAUGGAUUGUGAUUGCAAACCACCUUGCUCCGUGUUGAACUAUAACGUGCAAACGAUUGUGAGUCAACGGACGACGAAAAGCUUCAUGUCGGCCAACUUCGGCGGAAGAAACGUCUCCAUGUACGCCACCCUCAACGUGCACUUUAAGGACAUCUACUGCGUGAAGUACAAGCGCGACGCGUACAUGACCUGGGACUCGCUGGUCGCGACCUUCGGCGGCAUCUUUGGACUCUGUAUGGGCGGUUCCGUGCUCAGCAUCGUCGAGCUGGUGUACUACUUCACCAUCAAACCGUUCACCGUGCAACGGGAGGCGAAGAGAGCGAAGCGCAAAGGAGGAAAUACGCUCGUCCAUCGUAAGGUUACCGUACUUCCGUACGCCGCACGGUGGGACGGGAUGGCUCACCUUCCUGUGGGAUAUUUUUCCCGCCGCAAUGUGCUGGCACGGGAACGAAGCGCCGGCAAGAAGCUGCCGGUGUGUGUGCCCCAGCAACCGGACAUCAUUGCUCGGGAGCCCGAAACGAACAGGAUUUCCUUCAUUUAUUAACGUUGGAGGUACUUUA